AUGGGUGUCAAUAUGCGUCUCAACCAAAUUCUACGAGAUUCAAUUUUUACUAGUUGUCUAACAUUAUUGCGAGUUGUCUCAAAUAAUAGAAUUUGCCCAUUACCUGAUACAGUACUCGAUCGAUUUUGUUUAGAAAUUUUACCUAAAAUUCAUAAUCAAAUAAAGUGGCUCAAUCUUGAAUCAUUAUCUCUGGAGCGUAUUCUUCUUACAAUUGACUAUCCUAAUUUAAGUGGGCUUGGCGUGUAUAAUAUUGACGAGAAAACAGCUAUAAGUGUCUUUAAAGGACCAAAAGAACUGAGAUAUAUUGAUUUCUUAAUAUAA